AUGAGUUCAAUCGGCGUCGUAGUUUUCCGCAACUCGCCGCUCAAGUCGCAAGUGCUUCAAGAGUCCGUGAACAACUCAGUGAACAUAACAAACAAUGACGCUAAUGUUAGACGUGAAAUCGUUAUCGUGAGGAAAAAAUCGAAACUCCAAUCGAACACAGUGUCAGUAGCAUCAUUAGUGAAUUCCGUAGACGCGAACACCAAUUACGCGAAACGUCCAAAAUAUCGCGAGAGCACAAACACAAACGAGGACGCAAGAAAUGCUACACCCCUUGCUGUCGCUCGUCGAAAUGCGCGGGAACGAAAUCGUGUACGUCAAGUGAAUGAUGGUUUUGCCGCCUUAAGACGUCAUAUCCCAGAAGAAGUGGCUGCUGCAUUUGAAAACGCUAAUUCCAACCGAGGCCCCAAUAAAAAAUUAAGUAAAGUGGAAACUUUACGCAUGGCGGUAGAAUACAUUAGAAAUCUGGAAAGUUUGUUAAACAUUGGAUAUACAGACAAAGAAAAUUUAUCCCGCCAAUCCAUGGAAUCCUUUCCUUCUCCAGCGUCAUCGUCGCCUCGUGAAAAUAGUCAAGAAAGGAGUUAUUAUUGUUUGAACUCCCCGGCACUGGAUGAUGAGGAUUUAGAUGAAGAUGAACUCGAUGGUUCCUUGCAUAAGUUAUCAGCACAACAGUACAUCGAUUUACAAGCUCCUGAAACAUUUCAGUUGGUGUCUACGCCCCGUCUAUACGAGGAAGAGGACGCCGGACAGCGUUUAACACCAUCAUCAGAUCUCCUAGCACAAGAAGAGAUCAACCAACAUCUGUUAGACGGUCACUUCCAAUUCCCAAACUCAGCUGAACAAUUCACCGUGAUUCCAGAACAAAAUUAUUGUAGUGAAUCUGAGAUCCCUUUGAGCGAAAGUGAUUUUGAUGUAAAAUACGUGAAUGCUAUUCAAGUUCCGCCCAAUUUUAAUUCAUCUGACUUACACUUAGACGCUAUCAAUUCGGAUUUGAUUUUAAACAAUGAAUACAAGUUCAAAGAAGAGAACUCCUUUGUGGACGAUCAGCCAUACAACGAUGUUGAACUUAAGAAAGAGCUUCCAGACAUUCAAGUCACUCCCGAAGAUAGAGAGCAAUUUGAGGAAACUUUAAAAUGGUGGCAAGAAAAAACGCGACAAGCACGCACUCUGUCUAAAAAUAAGACACCAUAA